AAGGUUGGUCAGUCCAACCCAGCCAGCCACCAGCGCUGGGGAGUAAGACCCAGGCUGCUGUCCAGCGGGUCCGUCUUGGGAACAAGAAAUCAGUGUAAUAGAGAAAUUAGCUAAAAAAUUACCAGAUAGCCUGAAAACGUGGGAUAACGUUUAUUUAACCAGUAAAAUGCCUCUCUGUCAGCUUUAGACCCGCCCUUUGCCUAAGGAGCAACCUUCGGUGGAUUCUGCCGGCGUCCACCGGACACGCUCUGUUUGUGUUCUUUCAGUCAGGAGGCUAUACUUGAUCCCUAGUACCCGUGACUAUGAGUAACUCUCUGGAAAGAAGUAAGCCACCUGCUAAUUACUGAGAAGGAGCCACAGGAGAGGAAGGCAGGCAGUUUCCACAAACCACAGUGUCUUUUCGUCAGCCUUGUUAUGUCAUCAUAAGUCGUUAAGGACUCCUGGGAUAUUAGAAAUGGCUACUCCCCAGUCAGUUUUCAUCUUUGCAAUCUGCAUUUUAAUGAUAACAGAAUUAAUUCUGGCCUCAAAAAGCUACUAUGAUAUCUUAGGAGUGCCAAAAUCGGCAUCAGAGCGUCAAAUCAAGAAGGCCUUUCACAAACUGGCCAUGAAAUACCACCCUGACAAAAAUAAGAGCCCUGAUGCUGAAGCAAAAUUCAGAGAGAUUGCAGAAGCCUAUGAAACACUGUCAGAUGCUAAUAGGCGAAAAGAGUAUGAUACCCUUGGACACAGUGCUUUUACUAAUGGUAAAGGACAGAGAGGUAGUGGAAGUCCUUUUGAGCAGUCAUUUAAUUUCAAUUUUGAUGACUUAUUUAAAGACUUCGGUUUUUUUGGUCAAAACCAAAACACUCGGUCUAAGAAACAUUUUGAAAAUCACUUCCAGACACGUCAGGAUGGUUCCAGUAGACAAAGGCAUCAUUUCCAGGAAUUUUCUUUUGGAGGUGGACUGUUUGAUGAUAUGUUUGAAGAUAUGGAGAAAAUGUUUUCUUUUAGUGGCUUUGACACCAACAAUCGGCACACAGUACAGACUGAAAAUAGAUUCCAUGGAUCUAGCAAGCACUGUAGGACUGUCACUCAACGAAGAGGAAAUAUGGUUACUACAUACACUGACUGUUCAGGACAGUAGUUUGUUCUUUUUCUGUUCUCACUAAACCCAGCAGUUGACUCUUCCUCAGAAUCUGAUGCAAAACAAUUUUAUGUGAACUCUUUUGACAAGUGCAUGAUUUCACCUACUUUAAACAAUUUGAUAUAGCUAUUAAAUAAGUUAUUUUUGAAAAAUUCAGUAACAUUCAACUAGUAGACAAAACUAAUUAUAUUUCCUGAUUAGGAAAGGCUCUAAAACAAAA